AUGAAGGCCAUAUUCGCGGUGCCGAUUACUGCGGCUAUGAUAUAUCGCGCUUGGUCGCAUCAGUCUCUGACGCCAGCAGGAAUUAUUGCUGCUACUCUCACAGCUAUAGCACAUGCCUACCAUCCGUGGAAUUUGCCUUUUGCGCUUCUAAUAGUGUUCUUUUUAGCUGGGACAAGAGUGACAAAGGUUAAGCACGAUGUCAAGGCGACAUUAACGAUGCAAUCUACAGGUAACGCGGGGGGUGAAGGCGCAAGAACGCAUGUUCAAGUUUUCGCAAACUCAGCAGUCGCAUCUGUUCUCUGUCUUCUUCAUACCUACCAACUCCGCCGUCGCGAACAGUACUCCACAGACAAAUGCUUUUCGCUUCCUGGAGACCUCUUAGUCGUUGGCAUCAUCGCAAACUAUGCUGCAGUAGCAGCAGAUACCUUUAGCUCGGAGCUGGGAAUACUUUCGAAAUCGAAACCUCGACUUAUCACCUCCCCAACCUUCCGACAAGUGCCUCCUGGAACAAAUGGUGGUGUCACGGCUUGGGGAUCUGCCGCAGGUUUACUCGGGUCGCUCGUCAUUGUGACAGCAUCUAUGGCACUCACACCUUUCUGCGACGUGAAGGCGAGCAAUGGCUGGUCAUUCAAGGAGAGACAGAGAUUUACAUUCGCUAUGACCUUAUGGGGUGCCCUUGGAAGUACACUUGAUAGCUUCCUCGGAGGCUGGCUUCAACAAAGUGUGGUCGACACGAGGACAGGGAGAAUUGUGGAAGGAGAAGGAGGCAAAACUGUUCUGGUGUCCAAACGAGGGCCAAGCAGCAUGCACUAUGACAAGAAAGCUGAAGUCAAGUCUCAGUUACUGAAUGGACAGGGCAAAGACUCGAUACCAAUACAGGCUGUUGGGGAUGAGGACGACAUGGAGCCGACUGCUGUGGAGGCUAAAAGAUAUAAUGCUCAAAAGAAAGAUCGACAACCGAGUUUCGGAGACAACAAACCAAGCAGAGUAGUAGAAAGUGGCUCACUGGGGAUACUGGACAACAACGAGGUUAAUUUUCUCAUGGCGCUGACAAUGAGCAUAGGAGCGAUGGCAAUUGCAGGAUGGGUAUGGAACAUUCCAAUGAGCAGCAUACUACAAUAA